AGGGGAGGAAGCCCGGAAAGGUCCCUCUCCCUGCUCCAGCACCCUGCACCCCGGAGCAAGCACUGCUGAGCCUGGCCGGGCUCCAGGGAAAGCAGUAAUCACAUCCCGUUUCAGCUCACCGUGCUACUUGCUGCUUGGAUCACAGGGAUAUUCUAAAGAAAAAUGCAUGAGGAUUCAGUGGCAUCUUCUCUAGCGAUUCCAUCAGCUGUUAGUAAUGAUGGCACUGUGGCUGGGGAAGAUUUGUUUGAAACCACUGCUGAUGCCACUGAGACGCUGAUCUUGCCUCAUUGGUUUAAACAAUCCAAGUUCCGAAAGGCGUAUCUAAGAUCUUUCCAUGCAAGGGGAUUAAGGCCACCCCAAUGCCCCCGGCGUAUUAUCAUUGCGCCACCUAUGCCAAGAUCACCAUAUCCAUGUUUAAAAUUAGCUCAGGCCUCAGUAGUCUGUCAAAAGGAGGAAGCAACACCCAAACAGGAAGCUGAAGUUGGUCCUGGGGCUCCUGAAGACGAGUCUGAUACGGAAGAAAAAAUCCAAAAAUUUGAUGCUUGGAUAUUAGAAAGAAGAAGGCUGAACGCUGAGGUGGAGGGCUCUGAGGACUUUGAAGAACGACUCAAGUACAAGGUUCCCCUCAGUAAGCAAGAAAAAGAAAAAUGGGAAAAAAUCAAGGCGUCCAGAGUAGUGAGUAAGGCUGAAAGCCAGACAGCAGAGCCUGAAGGCCUCAAGCCCCCACCACCCAAGAGCCGCCAGUCCUGCCGGAAAGGCAUUGUCCCUGUGAUCAGUGUUCCCUACCCUCAAGCCCUCGUACUGCUGCUCUACCUUCUGCGCAAAAAGAAGCUCAGGAUGGUAGACUUAUUCAAAAAGUCAAAGAUGACAAGUAAGAAUAUCAAAAGAGAAGAAUUCUUUAAAGUUAUACAGGCGGGUUUGUACAGUGCCCCCCACUCCAGAGCCUCAACCCCAGCUGGGAGCCCUCCGAGUAUAACCAUCACAUGGAAUAACAACAGAGCCAUUUUGGAGAUGGAGAAACUGAGGCCCAGAGAUGCAAAAGCCACUUCUGCACAAGAAAUGUACCACACCCAGCAGCAGGGCUCUCAAACAUGCUGCUUCAGGCCCUCAGUUGUGCCUAUUCACACUGAGGUGCAUCUUGGCCUUGACCACCCCUGGGGGAAGCACCGCCAUAACCUGUGUAGAUGUGACUACAACACAUGCACAAAGUCACACAGCAUCUCCAUGGUAAAGCAAGGACUAGAACACACGGAUCUGAAUUCCCACUCCCCUUCUCUUUCCCACACCACCAUCCUGGUCAGCAGGCACGGAGCGAUCCCACAACUCUUCCCUGCUGGUCUGACUGGCGUCCCUAUCACUGAUAAGGAGCUGGAAGAUGCAUUCAUCUAUCUUACUACAUCAGCACCAAAGCCCAGGCAUUUUAUAUGCAGUGAUGAUAUUGUCAAGUGUCAGAGGAUGUGGAUGCCAGCCUUGCAAAAUUAUAUCAGGGAAAGGCAUGAAGAACGUAUCCUCAAUUUUCUUGAGAAAGCUACUGCCUAUGCUGUUGAAGUGACCCCUGCCGCAGAGCUGGACAAGUUAACACUGUUAGAAGUUCCUCCUGUCAACACUGAAGAGUGCAGGCCUAUGACAGAUGAAGACAUGGAGGACGUUGGCAAGCACUAUCGAGAGUGGAGGCGAUUGAAGAAGGUAGAGUGUGUUUGCUGUCCCUUUGAUGUACAGUCCUCCUCCCCUGAGGAUCUUCAUACCCUUUACAAUCAACCAAGACCUAAACCUGCUUUCAAAAUAAGAACAUGUCCUGAAGUCUUGGCCAUUGUGCUUUCUGGCCAGCAGCAUUGUCACAGCAGUGCGAAUGGAGUCCUGGCUUCUGUGUGGAAGACAGUGAAUCCACUUGAAUGGGCAGAGCAGUGUCGGCUGGUGAGAUCUGGAGAUAGAGCCGUUGAUGACCACUGCCUGCCAUCCAUGAUGGAGGGGGAAGUAGCAGAAUCGAUUAACCGCUAUCGGCAGGUAGCCCACCGAAGCUAUGUACGGUGUGUCAAGCUGUGCAAAGAGCAAAAUAUCCCAGUCACUGAGGACACAUUGGCGAAAGGUAAAGGAAAACCCAGGGCUGCCUGUUUGAUUGUGUUUUUGCUAACAGUCCUGCUGCACCCAGGAGACAGAAUAAUAAAAGAAGGAAAACACAUGUUAAAGAUCCGGCAGCCAGGAGCUUACUAUAACCCUAUACCCGGUGGAGGAACCUUCCAGGUGCACCCUUGGACAGGCGGAGGUGCAUUAAAACGCUCCUGGAGAGUGGAAGAGGAGGCAAUAUAUGGGUUUGUUCAAAGAGGCUUUCUUUGUUGUUUUUUUAAUAUCACUCUUAUAGCAACAUGCAGCCCCAGCAACUGCAGGCUCUAGCAGGGGCGAGCAAGAGCCAUGAGGCUUGGGGCACGGACAGGAAGACACAUCCCCCAGGUGGAGUAAUGCUAACCCUCUUUUGGACGGAUGAGCAGCUCUUCUAGAGAAGUUCCUGCAGCAGGCAGGUGUUACUACAUCUUGCAGCAAGGUGGCAGGGGGGCUUGUAAUAUCCUCAGCAAACGGCUGCCCUGGGGAGGAGUUAUUCUGCUACUGUAGUCACUUGUAGGAAGAUGACAGUUUUCGCAUAGACCCCAGUCUGAACUGCUGAAAUUUAUACCAUGGUGUGUUCAUUUAUUUGUAAAUGGUUGUUGUUUUGCAUUCUUGGCUAGACCAUAUGAUACACCGAGGGAACAAGAUGAGAAGCAGAUGACCAGGAUUUCAUCUGAACAAGAUGAGCUAGAGAGGUUUGUGUAACAGUGUAAAAUAUUGGCAGGG